AUGGGGUAUUGUAAUAACAAAGCAACGGUGGCGGCGAUCGCCACCUUCCUCCUCAUGGCGUCCACGGCGUCGGCCGCCGCCCAGAUCGACGCCAUGUGCGCGAACGCCGAGUACAAGGCGACGUGUGAAAAGACCCUCGCCAACGCCAACAACACCGAGCCCAAGGAGCUCCUCCUCUCCGCCUUCAACUCCACCAUCCGCAACCUCAAAACCGCCGUCCGCAAAUCCGCCCUCUACAAAGACGCGGCCGCGGAUCCCCGCACCAAGGGCGCCCUCGCCGUGUGCGAGCAAGUCCUCAACACCACCAUCGAGAACAUGCGGAGAUCCUUCAAGCAGGUCGACAAAAUUGACGUCAACCAAAUCGACGACUAUGUCGACGACGUCAAGGUCUGGCUCAGCGCCGGCCUCACCUGCAAGGACACCUGCGUCGACGCCUUUGAAAACACCACAGGGGAAACUGGGGAAAAGAUAAAGGACUUGCUGAAGACUUCUGGGGAGCUGCUGAGCAACGGCCUCGCGAUAGUCUCUGGCGUCUCCAAGCUUUUCGAGACGCUUGAUCUCGGAAAGCUGCUCAGUGGCUCCAAGAGGGUCCUUGGGGAGGGUGUCCCCGGGUUCCCCGGGUUUCUCGGCCAUCAUGCUAGGGGCCUACUUGGCGCUGCGCCGGGGACGUUCACGCCGAGCGCGAUAGUGGCGCAGGACGGGACUGGGAAAUACAAGACCAUUGCUGAAGCCAUUGCGGCCGCGCCAUUGAACAGUACUCAGUUGUUCAUUAUCCAAAUAAAGGCCGGAGUUUACAAGGAGGUCCUCAAGGUCCCUGGCGGUGCUAACAACGUCGUCUUCGUCGGAGAAGGCCCGACGAAGACUAUCAUAUCCGGCAAACAGUGCUUUACAGACGGCAUUCCAGCCUUCCAGACUGCAAUCCUUUCCAUUGAUGGUGAUGACUUCAUGGCGAAAGACAUCGGGAUCGAGAACACGGCCGGAGCCUCCGGGCGCCAGGCCGCGGCCGUGCGCGUCUCAGGGGACAAGGCCGUGUUCUACAACGUGCACAUGAGCAGCCACCAGAGCACCCUCUACGCCCACAUCUACCGCCAGUUCUACCGCGACUGCCGCAUCACAGGCACCAUGGACAUCAUCUGGGGCGACGCCGAGGCCGUCUUCCAGAACUGCAACAUCGCCGUGAAGCAGCCUCUCCCCGACCAAGACUGCACGGUCACCGCCCAGGCCCGCAACGACACCCGGGCGACGGGCGUGACCGUGCUCCAGAACUGCAGCAUCACGGUGGAGAGGGAAUUCUUCACCGUGAAGCCCCCGGCCAAGGCGUACCUGGGGCGGCCGAUGAAGGCGUACUCGAGGACGAUCGUGAUGGAGUCGAACAUCGAGGGCUUCAUCGCGCCCGAGGGGUGGACGGAGUGGAUGGGGACGUGGGGCCUCGACACGCUCUACUACGGCGAGUACAACAAUCGCGGGCAAGGCGCGGAUACGUCGAAAAGGGUGACGUGGAAGGGUAUUCAGAAGAUGACGCCGGAGCUGGCGGAAGGCUUCACUCCGGCCAAGGUCUACGCCGGCGAUGACAGCUGGGUGAAGAACACUGCAAUUCCUUAUGUUGGAGGAAUGGUCAACCCUAAGUGAUUAAUUAAUUUCAGUUUAGUGUGGCAUAUACUAGUAUAUUGCACUUUAUAAUAAGUGGGACAUCUUAAUACUAUGUUAUAGUAUUUCUUAUAUAUGAGACAGUCCAUUUACGGUUCGAUUCAAAACUAAUAUCGAAACCCAAUUGAAAUUUGGUUGAGUUUCAA